AUGGUGGACAAAGAGGAGGGGAAGGGUUGCUCGGCAAUGGUCAUCGAAAAGAUUUCCCCAGAGGAGUCACGGCGCUCGUGGUUGAGACUGAAAUUUUGUCAGGUCUACUUUCUGCUCGUUUUGGUUGCAGUUUUGGCGUUCGCCAUUCUCAUCUUUUGCAUCGUUUUCGCAGCAAAGCUAAGCCAAAUGAAUAGCCGUUAUGAGAGUAUAGAGGCGAAGACAAAGGGAUUGAUGGAGAUGAAGCAAGGGUUCAACAAUUUCCGAACCGUUGGUUUACUUUUAAAUGGCAACAAUAAUAAUAAGCAAAAGACGGGCGAUGGAGUUCCAUCGGGAGAUGAGUACGCA